CCAAUCUCCUCUUCCUCCCUCACGAUGUUCUCCCCUUCCCCUUCGACCGCCGUCAGGUCCCUCUCCGACCUCCUCCGUCUCGCCGCCGGCGCGGGCUCCCUCCACCUUGCUCAGCGAGCCCACGCCCGCGCCUUCCCCCUUGGCCUCCACCGCCACCCCGUCCUUUCCUCCGCCCUCAUCUCCGCCUACUCCCGCCUCGGUUUCCCCUCCCUCUCUCGCCUCGUCUUCGACUCCGCCACCGCCGCCGGUGCUCCAUUAAACGUCUUCCUCUGGAACGCCCUCCUCGCCGCCUACUCCCGCGCUGGCCUCUUCAUCGAGCCCCUCGCCCUGUUCCGCCGCAUGCGCCCCCACCAAUGUCCUGAUCAUUUCACCCUUGCCAUCCUGGCCAAGGCCUCCGCCGAGCUUGCCGACUCCCGCACCGGCAGAGGCAUCCAUUCUCUCGUUAUCCGCCUCGGGUUCGGUUCCGACACCGUGAUGGCCAACUCCCUGAUACUUUUGUACUUCAGAUGCGGGAGUCCUGAUGAUGCUCGGCAGAUGUUUGAUGAAAUGCCUGCGAGGAGUGUCGCUUCUUGGAAUGUGCUGAUUUCUGAGUUGGUGAGUUUGGGGGAUGCCUUGGAUGAGGAGGAGGAGGAGGUGUGGAAGCUUAUAAUUCGGAUGCAGAUGGAAGGAGUGAAGCCGGAUGGCUUCACGGUCUCCACUAUUCUACCUUUGUGUGGCUGGCUUCGUGGGAGGGAGAUCCAUUGUUUUGUUCUAAGGAAUGAUCUGGGUCUGGGUUCGGAUUUCCAUGUGGGAAGUUGCCUGAUCGACAUGUACUCAAGGAGCAGACAUGUGGACUUCGGAAGGUGGAUUUUUGAUGGAAUGGUGUCCAAGAAUUUGGUCGCUUGGACAGCCAUGAUUGCGGGCUAUGUGGAGAAUGGGGAUUUCAAGGAAGCUCUGAGGCUUUUUCAGUUGAUGCAAUUCAAAGAUCACUUAGUGCCCAAUAAGGUCACUUUGGUAAGUGUCCUGCCUGCAAUUGGAUCUCUUGCAAGUUUGGUGGAUGGGAAGCAAGUUCAUGGCUUUGCCAUCAGAGCAGAUUUGCAUAGAGAAGUUUCUUUGAACAAUGCUUUAAUUGAUAUGUACUCCAAAUGUGGAAGCUUGAAUUAUGCAAGGCAUAUAUUUGAUGAUGAGUCUUGGCAUAAAGAUGUCAUCUCUUGGAGCUCAAUGAUCUCAUGCUAUGGGAUUCAUGGCGAGGGAAAAGAAGCCGUUGUAUUGUUUAAUGAAAUGUGCAGUCUUGGAGUCAAACUAGAUCGCAUAACAAGUUUAGCAGUUCUCUCAGCCUGUGAUAGGGCGGGCUUGGUAUCUGAAGGUGUUGAUAUUUAUAAUUCAUUGGUAAAGAAUUGUGCUGUUGUUCCCAGUGUUGAAAUAUGUUCCUGUAUGGUUGAUAUGUUAGGAAGAGCUGGCCAACUGAAUGAAGCUGUGGAUUUUAUAAAUUCAAUGCCAGUUGCACCCUCUCCUAGUGUUUGGGGAGCUCUUUUUGGUGCAUCUGUGAUUCAUAAUAACCAGGAAAUGCAAGAUCUGGCUUCCAGGUUCCUUCUUCAGUCAGAACCAGACAGUCCUUCAAAUUAUGUGUCUCUAUCAAAUUUACAUGCCUCCUCAGGAAGAUGGGAUUACGUGGAACAAGUGAGGACGAGAAUGCAAGAACGAGGGUUCAGAAAGAUGCCUGGGUACAGUUGGAUUAAUGUCAACAGUCUGUUACUUUCUUCCGGAUAAAUUUCACUGUUGUCCAGAUAUGAGCUUUGUGAGUAACCUCUUAUUGAGAAUUAAAGGAGCUGGUCAUGUUCUGAACUCUUGGUAAUCUUACAUAAGCUUCUAGAAGCUGGUUUUUUGACAUUAGUGAUUUGGCUGACCCUAUAAUUGAUCAUGAGAGCCUGGAUAAGCUUCUUACUCAACUCAUGAGAUGGUAAAACAAUAUAUGUGGAGUAACCUGAUGCAUGGCAAGAGGAAUUAAAUCGUCCUAUUGUAGCCAAUCCAAAAUGAUAAGUUGAACAGCUUUUGAAGUUUAUCAGAAAUGAAUAGAGGUGGAAACUGCACCUUUUUGAACCUAUAUUAUCAUCAGAGUUUGAGGAUGUAAAAUAUGUACUAAAAGUGAUACCAAGUUCAGAUGUACUAAAAGCGAUACCAAGUUCAGAUUCAAAUAUUGCAGCUCAGAGGACACUAAAACGUGCUUGAUUGGUCGCUUUCCAUUUUGCAAGACAAAGAGGCAAGUAACAGGGGAACAGGUAGGAAACCCUUCAAAUGCCAAGGCCUGCUUCUCACUGGUUGUCCUGAAUGCUGAGAGGAGGAAAUCUACUCAUCAACAUAAUUCCACAAUUACAGCAGUUUGGAGUGCACCAUCAUGACAACCAGCUUCGGUAGGUGGACUGUCAUAGCUAACCCUAGUCAAAAAUUUCUGCAAAUCAUUGUUUUUCUUGAUAUUAUGUGUAGUAUACGGGUAUAAAUUAUCUCUUGGUUCUCUCUAGAGCAGUGUGCUCCAUAUGACUUGUUCAUAUACAUCUCACUUUACGUGUGCAAUAGCAAUGAAAGUGAUACAGAUCUAUGAUGCAUUACUAUU